AUGUCUAACACUAUAUUCAACCUUUCAAAUGUGCAGAAUACUUUAGUCAACUCACCUACAGAAGGAAUAAAAAUCCUUUCUUUGGAUGCUGUAGUAAAACAAUACAUCAAAAACCCUGAAGUAGCUUUAAUUUGUAUGACCAACGAUCAUAUCAACCAUGUUCCUGGCAAUGCUUCUGAAAUUAGAACAUUACCUUUACCUUCUGAGGUCAUCAAAAUUAUUGAAGAUCAGUUAAAAGGGGGCAGCACUUGUAGAAAUACUAGAAUUUCAGUUUUGCAACAAAUUAAAGAGUGGGGCGUAGGCAUUAGAAAGCCCAAUUAUGAAGACAUCUAUAACAGAAUAAGAAAGAUAAAGAAUUUACUGUAUAGGUUUCACUCUGAUGAAAAUAAGUCUCUGGAUAUUUGGAUGCAUGAGAAGUUAUCAUCACAGAACUACUGUAUCUUUACUGGCAAUCUUUCUGUAUACAGCAACAAUGCACAGCAUUUUGCGUUUGGAUUUCAAUCACCAUCUCAAAUGAUGCUUAUGAGAAUUUCCCAGUCAUUUUGUCUUGAUGCAACACACAACAUCUCUGCACGCAACAUUGAAAUAUUAUACUCGCUUGUUACUCAACAUCCUGAUACUGGAAAAGGUAUUGCUGAAAAUAAUGCAAUUACAGCAGCAUUGUCACAGACCAUCAUCCAUUUCUGCAAGUUUCAUGUUUUGCGUGCCUGGCAGCAUAAUUUAGACAGCAAAGUAAAGCUUGAUGCUUCAUACACAUCAGAACAACUUGGCAAAUACAAGUAUGAGCUCAAGGUCAAUCUCAAAAAUAUACUUAUUGAAUCAGAUGAGGAUGAAUUUUUGAGAAAAAUCCAGGAGUUUAGGCUUUAUGUACAAAGUCAGCAACAAUUCCUGGCUUAUUUCGAACAUAAAUGGAUUGGAACAGAAGAAUUGUUGAGAAGAUGGGGAAGGUCAUAUGUUGCAAAUGAUCACCAAAGAUAUUUGACAAACAAUUACAUCGAAUUGUGGCACAACAAAUUGAAAACAAUAUACUUUGGCCGUACUCGCAUAAGACGAUUGGACCAUCUUGUCUUUAUUUUGACAAACAAUAUUAAUGUAUCAAACAAUUUGAUACGAAAUUGCACUUGUCCCAAUUUUGCUUCACGUCAAAUUCCCUGUAAACAUGCACAUCUCCUAAAGAGAUUUAUUGGUCUAGACUUUGCGUAUACAGCUCAAAGAGAAAACAACCACCUCCAACUACAAAGAUCACUUGCAUCUGAGCAUGAAGUGGCAGUUAUUAAUGAGGAAGUUAAAAAUGAAACAAACACCAUUGUUGUAAGUGGUAGAAACAAUUCUGUUUGGUUGCAAAGAAUCAUGGCCCAGAAUAUAACACUUCAUUAUCAAAGAGAAGACUUAGAGCAGUUGAUGGAUGUUCCAGGAAUUGAUGAAGCCGAAUAA